AUGGCCGCCCCACCACCUGCACCACCACCAGGAGGCGCAACCCCCGCUCCCCACCUCGUCUCGCUCAAGGUCCUGCGCGCGACCCGCCCCGCCCUCGUCCAGCCCUGCCCUCUACACGUACCUGUUUCGCCAGGUGCGCGCGCCGCCGGCACCUUGUCCCUCCCGACCAGCUUCGCCAACAUCUACCUCGGCGAGACGUUCAACGCUGUCCUGUCGCUCUCGAACGACCUCGUCGUGCCUCCUUCAACCUCGACCUCGACCUCGACCUCGGCCCAGACGGCCCUCUCGCCCGUGCUGCACGUCGAGAUGCACACCAACCUCGGCGCACCGACGCCCGUCAAGCAUCUCCUCGCGCACGUCGACCCCUCCACCUCCUCCUCCCUCUCGCUCUCCUCGCCAACCUCCUCCUCCUCCUCCUCCUCGACCGCGCCACCGCCACGCCUAGCGUCCCUCGCACCCGGCCAAGCCCUGCCCGCGCUCGUCGUCGCCCACGAGCUCAAGGAGCUCGGCCCGCACGCGCUCGUGUGCACCGUCAGCUACGGCGUCGAGGUCGGCGACGGCGGCGGUGGUGGUGGGGCGGAUGCCGGCGUGCAAGGGGGAGCGGGAGGGACUGGGACGAGGGUCGUCACGAGGAGCUUUCGCAAGGUCUACAAAUUCGCCGUCCAGAACCCGCUCUCGGUGCGCACCAAAGCGCACUCUUCCUCCCCCUCCACCAGCACCACCUCGUCCUCCUCGCGCGGGCGCGGGCGCGGGCGCGGGCGCGACAGGGUGUACCUCGAGGUGCAGGUGCAGAACCACUGCGAGGGCGCGAUGCGGUUCGAGCGGGUCGGCGCGCGGCACCACGCACACGACCCUCCUCUCGCGCCCGGCGCCGUCCGCCAGUUCCUCUACGUCCUCGACCGCGCCCCUCUCUCGCCCUCGCCCGGCGACCCCUCCCCCUCGCACGACCCCUCGCACGACCCCUCGCACGACCCCUCGCCCGCGACGAGCUCGACGAGCCCGCGCCAGGCACCUCGCAAGGCCUCGGCCGCCUCGACAUCGU